AUGCCAUCCUCCGCUUCAGCCACCUCCGGCCCGGCCUUGGGGCCAAACGCUCCGGGUCUCGGCCCAGUCAGGGCGAAGUUUGGCUGAUGUCUCAACGCUGGCCGUGAGUGCCGGCCUCCCGGCCUCAAGAUUCGUGUGACCACUGAACGCAAGUUCAAGUUCACACCCAAGCAAAAAUGGGUGAAGACGCCAAGGAGAUUGAUCUUUAUCGACGAGACCAAAACAGCAGCUCAAGAAGCCUCUUCAAGUCCAGACAGUGAUCUGGAGGAUCUGGAACCCUGGGAAUCCCCAAAGUCUUCCCCUUCCAAUCAUGCAAAUAAUCAGCGACUGCCACCGAACCAUGAAACCCAGGCAAUCACUCUUCGCCCUCAACAAUCGCCCUGUGAUCGUCCUCUACCACCUGCAAUCCCCCCUGUGCCUUCUACCCCUACCUGGCCGCUCACCCACGAGAGAGAUGUCUUCCUCUUCCGCCACUUCGUGGACAAACUGGCCAGUUGGGUACCGUACCCGACCAUCCCGUUGUUGGACCGUGUGCUUGACCUCUGCGAUCCAAAGAGAACUUUCGAGACCGAGGUACCGCAACGAGCAAGAGCCUCCCCUAUCCUAUUGAAUGCCAUAUUUGCUCUGUCGGCGCGCCAUCUUGGGCAGAUUCAGAAGAACCAGCAGUACGCCAUGCUCGCGGAUAACUACAAUGCUGCCUGUCUACGCGACCUUCGGCAACAGGUUGGCUCCGAGUCGACUGAAAACCUGUUUGCCGCCGCAAUCAUCCUUCAGGUAGUCGAAGAAAUAAAUCUUAACGCGCCUGUUGACCUCCCGGUGGGUGAUAAUGACACAGGUCACCUCAAGGGCAUGUCCAACUUCGUCCACAGUCUCUCUCCCCAGCCCGGCACUGUUGCUGCCGCCUCAUUCUGGGUUGGGCUGCGACAAAACAUCUAUGUCGCUGUUCGGAAGAAGCAGCAAGUGGCCAUAAACCUUGUCAACAGUCUAGUUGAUCGAUCGCUCGAGGGGACAGACGACUGCAGCUGGGCCAAUCGUGCUGUUGUUCACUGUGCAGAUGUGCUCAAUUUUUGUUACGGCCCAGGCCGAACCCGUGAGGAAGGGCAAGCUGAUCUGGAGCGUCUAAUGCGCUUGAACAAGGACUGGGGUAACCGUCGGCCGAAUUCGUUCGAUCCCGUUUACAAGCAGGACACGGAUUCUAAACUCAUAAGGAACACGCUACGAGAGGUGUGCGGCAUCGGGCUGAGCAAUCAAUGGACACCGCCUGGCAUGUUCACGGCCUGCAUGGCUAUUGAAGCCUUCGGCGACUACUUCCACGAACGUCAAUACCAGGAUGCCAUGAUCGAUUUACUCGGGAUAACUCAGCGAGAUCACGCACGACCCACGAGGGGCGUGAUCCAAGAGCUCUUCCAACGUUGGGGGCGGUCACCUCCUCAAAACUUGGCUCUAGAUCUGCGUUUGACUUAG